AUGGUUUUACUGCAAGCACAAGGGCAGCAAUCCUGUGUGGGCAUACAAAUGACGGAUAUCACCCGGCGACAGGGGCAACCGAUGAAUCAGGUCGAGGGACAAUAUUUCGCCAGUGUGGUUGCUGAAAAUUUACCUGGAAUGGUUGCUUACUGGAAUUCUGAUUUGCUUUGCACCUAUGCCAACCAUCACUACCUGAGCUGGUUUGGUCGCACGCCUGAACAAAUGCAAGGUAUACACAUGCAGGAUUUACUCGGGCAGGAACUGUUUUCCAGAAAUAUUGCCUAUAUCAAGGCUGUUUUGAAAGGGGUAGAUCAGCGAUUCGAACGUACUCUGGUCAAGGCAAAUGGGGAUGUAGCUCAUACCUGGGCGCAAUAUAUUGCCCAUACCAUCGAUGGCGUCGUUCAAGCGGGCGCAACAGGCAUUGAUGGAAAGUGA